AUGUCGAUUCCCAAUGAAGCCCUGCAGAAGCUCCUGCAAGAAAUCGAGACGCGCGCCCUUGCUUCACAACAGCAGAUGGGUAUCACCAAAGCACAAAUGACAGCCAAGCAACGCGAUAUCCGCAUGCUGCAGCUGACCUCCAAAGAGUUGUCGGAAUUGCCCUCGGAAACGAGGGUAUACGAAGGCGUGGGCAAGAUGUUCGUCAAUGUCCCCAUCGAUACCGUUAACAAGCGCCUCACUCGCGAGAGCUCCGAGGCAUCCUCAGAAAUCACCAACCUGGAGAAGAAGCUGCACUACCACGAGACCACACACAAAAACAGCCGGGAAAACCUGGAGCAGAUUCUCAAGUCUGGCAGAGUAUAA